CCUCCAAACACAAAAGGGUGCUCCUGCAGUGAUGAAAAGCUGGAGGCUCUGAAAUCCUGUCUGGACUGUGGAGUAUCUUACUGUGAGACUCAUCUGAUGCCUCAUAAAACUGCAGCUAAACUCAAGAAGCACAAACUGAGGACCCUGUGGAGAACCUGGAGGCUCAGUUCUACACUGAGACGGACCACAAGACUCACAGCACUGUUCCUAGGAGGAGAUUAUAGUGAAGAAGAUUCAAAUGGGAGCAACACAAGUAGAAGUUCAGCAGAUGAUCCAGGACCGACUGAAGAAGAUUGAGGAAAUCAAACUCAGUAAAAAAAGCACAGAGAAGGAGAAAGCAGACAGUGUGGAGGUCUUCAGAGCUCUGCUGCGCUGCAUUGAGAGAAGCCAGGCGGAGCUGCUUGAGGUGAUGGAGGAGAAGCAGAAAGCAGCAGAGAGGCAGGCUGAAGAGUUCAUUAAAGAGCUGGAGCAGGAAAUCACUGAGCUAAAGAGGAGAGACACUGAGCUGGAGCAGCUCUCCCACACUGAGGACCACCUCCACCUCCUACAGGUUUACCCGUCCCUCUGCAGCCCCCCACACACCAAGAACUGGACUGACAUCAGGAUUAACACUCAUCUGAGGGUGGAGACUCUGAGGAGAGCUCUGUCUCAGCUUCAGGAAGAGCUCAGUAAGGAGAUGGAGAAGCUUGAUGAGAUCGAACUGAAGAGAAUUGAACAGUAUGCAGUGGAUGUGACUCUGGAUCCUGAUUCAGCAAAUCUCUUCCUCAUCCUGUCUGAUGAUGGGAAACAGGUCACAUGUGGAGACACAGAACAGAAUCUCCCUAAAAACCCAGAGAGGUUUGAUCCAUUGGUCAGUGUGCUGGGAAAGGAGGGGUUCUCCUCAGGGAGAUUUUACUAUGAGGUUCAGGUCAGAGGGAAGACUAAGUGGACAAUUGGAGUCACCACAGAGUCCAGUAACAGGAAGGGGAAGAUUACAGCCAGACCUGAGUUUGGAUACUGGACUGUGUGGCUGAGAAAUGAGACUGAAUAUAAAGCUCUGGACUCUUCUCGUGUUUCCCUCUCCUUGAAACAGGCUCCCCAGAAGGUGGGGGUGUUUGUGGAUUAUGAGGAGGGUCUGGUCUCCUUCUAUGAUGUUGAGGUCAGGUCUCAUAUCUACUCUUUCACUGGUCAGUCUUUCACUGAGAAACUCUAUCCGUACUUCAACCCCUCUAACAAUGAUGAAGGUAAAAACUCAGCACCACUGAUCAUCACACCUGUUAAACAUCAUAAAUGAGGUUCAUUUUUCUACAAUAAAACUUUUUUAAGUCAGAAAAUCUGACUUUUGAGGUGUCAUAUUUCAAAUCACAUAAAAAAAUAGAAAUAUAGAAAAAAAUUAAUACAUUUUAAAAAUGAAGCAAGCAAUGUAUUUCAGAAAUGUACUGUAAAUGCAAGACAAAUUAAUAAAAUGAAUCAUGUUCAAAUAUUUAAUUAAUAAAAUUAAACUAAUUUUCAGACUUAAACUGUAUGUUCAUGUUGUUCAUCUUUAUUUCUAAUGAUUUAAAGCAUGAAAGCAUCAAGUUUCCAUUAAAUUAUCAGAAAAUACUUUUAGGUUUAAAAAUGUUGAAUUAUUUACUGCUCACAGUUACAUCAUGAAGCUCUGAGUUAAACGAUCAUCCUGAGAAGUUCUGCUGAUUCUGUCAGACUAGAACUUUCUCUGGAGUCUCCUCCAUAUUUCCAGUCUUCAGCUGUGCAGUUCCAGUUAAAGCUGUCUGAGACUGGGAGAUGAUGGUGUUUCAUCCAGCUGUUGAACACAGUGUCUAGUUUUGGACUGUGGUUAAAAAAAACUGUAACACAAGUUAUUUUGAAUAUUAAAACCCAUAUCUUCAACUCUGAGUUUCAGCCUGGUUCUGUGGUUCCUUUGUGGUUCUUUUAUUGGUUCUGGGGUUCCUGUAGUGGUUCUGUGGUUCCUUUAUUGGUUCUGUGGUUCCUUUAUUGGUUCUGUGGUUCCUUUCGUGGUUCUGUGUUUCCUUUAUUGGUUCUGUGGUUCCUUUAGUGAUUCUGUGGUUCUUUUAGUGGUUCUGUGGUUUGGGACAGUAAAUCAAAGACACUAAUGCACAGUAACACUUCUUAUCAGUGCAGUGAAGCUCCUGAGAGUCAGACAGAUAAAUAUGAGGAAGUUUACAGUGUUUAGAAAAGUGUGUUUCACUCAGUUCUGCAGCUUUAAUCAUGUUUGUGUGAAGUAACAGGUGUUCAGAUGUGGUUUGUGCUUUGACUUCUCUGACUCCUCAGCUCAGAGCUAAAACCCAUGACAUCACUACCUCACUCUGUACCACAGCUGCUCUAAUUCACAUUCAUUCAGUUCUUAACAUACAACAAACAAUUCUUCUUUAUAUCAAAUUAUACAAAAUCACAUUAUAUUAUAUUAUAUUAUAUGACAUUAUAUUAUAUUGGUUUUCUUUUCAGUGCAGACCUUCAGCUCAGUGUGUUAAAAAUCAAUAUAACCUGGGAAAUGUGUCUGGAAUCUUUGUACAAACAAGUAAAUGAGUGUAAUCUGAAGAACAGAUGUUUUUUAAUAUAAUUGUUGGUAAAACUUUACAAUACUGGUCUACAAAUCAGCAAGUAUGAACAUUUAACUAAUGCUUUAAUCAAAAUGAAGUAAUAGAUAGACUAAUUCUUAAUCAGUAUAUAAUGAAGCAUAUAUAUUAAUAAGGAUCAAGUCAUAUAUGAAUAGCCAUUAUUAGAGGUAAUUGUGAAGCAUCAUUAAGGGUCUGGUCUCCUUCUAUGAUGCUGAGGCCACUUCUCAUAUCUGAUCUUUCAUUGGUCAGUCUUUCACUGAGAAACUCAUCUUCCCUGUUAUGCAUUAGAAAUGAGGUUGAUUGUCCCCAUAAACUCACUUUAUUAUGACAGAAAACUUGUACUGUCGCCCCGAAAAUACACUAUAUAUAAGUAUUCACUCUCCCAUCCAAAUCACUGAAUUCAGGUGUUCCAAUCUCUUCCAAGGCCACAGGUGUAUAAAACCAAGCACCCAGGCCUGCAGACUGCUUCUACAAACAU